AUGGUCAAAAGAACUGCACCAAAGUCACAAAUAAGCACGCAGAAUCCUGCUGCGUCAGCCAUAAAACCUCCAAAGUUUAAAGAACCAAAUGAGAAGGCUACUCCCUUAGGCUACGCUUCUUCUGUGCUCAAUGGAGACACUGUUGAAGGUGGACUUCGUUCAUUAACAUACAAAUCUAUUUUCGCGCUGAAGCUCGUGGAUAACUUAUCUACUGUAAGAAGCUGUAUAGUUGGCGAGGAAGCUGAUCUUCUGCGGAUUUCAGAGAAAGAUUGGAUCAAGGAAGAGACGAUAAACAGACUUCGUGAAGAAGUUGCAGAGUUUAAGAACCGCAAGGAUACAAGGAAUCAAGAUAAUGAUGAAAAGAUCUCGCUGUUUAACCUUAGGCUAGACGACGAGCUUAACCAGCGCAAGGAGGUCACUCCACAAUACAGCGACGAGUUGAAGCUGUUCUACACGAUGUUGUACCCAGACAUGAACAUCAGCUUCAACAACGAACUGUACAGAAUCUCGAGAAAGGUUUCCCUUCCGGUUGAUGUGAAGAGAAUGGAAGACGUUCAGGGGUUUGAUGGCUCGAUUUAUGCCGCCAAGGCUGAAGAAAGAAGAAGAGAGGAAGAGAAUGAGCGUAGAAAGGAACAGGAACAACGUGAAUUGGAGCAAAGAGCCAACGAUGCCGCUAUGGAUGUUGACGCCCACGAGCAACCGCUUGACGAUUUCUCUGAAGCCUACGUUGAUGAACUCCCUCCAGAUCUUUCUACAUCCUUAGGCGGUGACCUACCUCCUGACGUUGCCAUGGACAUCCCAUUGGGCAACGACGGUUUCAACAACGUCCCGCUCAAUAUGAAUGCCAGCGCCAGCCCACAUUACGAUCAAAACACAGGAUACACCCAAAGCCCAGGCUAUAGCUCUAACCCAAGCUACACGGGAAGCACAAACUACAACGAUCCUUCGAUGGGACCUACGUAUUAG